AAAGUAACUGCGGUAACAUUGGGUUGUCGGCCACGUAAAUUUCAUAAUAAUAAACAAAGCUUCAUGUUUUUCUGUUCAAUUAAUGCAUUGCGACAUGAAUGACAUAAACCUCAUAAAUAUGAUAAUCAAUUGGGAUAUUAGCACCACCGAAAAUGUGAAUGAGAGUCUUCUGCGCAUUGCUGAAAAAGAAGAAGAAGCGAAUGCCAAGCUUGGUGCCCUGUUAGCCAAGCAAUGCCAGAUUGAAGCAAAAUUAAGCGGAAUUGGCAGAGCGAUGACUGCCCUAUCUACGGUUGAGAAUGAUUCCAAUAAAUUGAACAGGCAAAUCGUAAACACCGCCAACCUGGCAGAAUCAGUUAGUGCAAAAGUGCGUCGGUUGGAUAUGGCACGAUGUCGCGCUUCUGAAUGUCAGCAGCGAGUGCACGAUUUAAUCGAUCUACAGCUAUGCAGCCAAGGCGUGGUAAAGGCCAUCAAUGAGCAGGAGUAUGAGAAAGGUGCAGGACACAUUGCACGUUUCCUAGCAAUGGAUCAACAGCUACUGCAGCGCACUGCAGACGAUGUUCAAGGAUCGAUUACGUCGGUGAGCGAUGCAGUACACACUCUGGAGGAAGCCAGGGAUAAGAUGAGAGAAUUGAUUGCCAAGAGAUUUGAUGAGGCAGUGCAAAAUGAUGAUUUAGCUUCUGUCGAGAGAUUUUUCAAAAUAUUUCCAUUAGUUGGCUGUCAUCGCACUGGCAUUGAAAAGUUCUGCGGCUAUAUUUCGCAAAAGUUAUCGGCAAAGGCACAAAAAGAGUUGCGCAACACACAGGACAUUGCUAAGGCAGAACGGCGUCUUCAUUUGGCAUAUGCUGAUCGUUUAACUGCAAUUCUAGAGAAUUUCGCACGAGUUAUCGAAGUUAAUCAGCCCAUAAUUGAAGCAUUUUAUGGACAAAACUCUACGUCCUUGCUAAAUAUGAUAACAAUAUUGCAAAAAGAAUGUGAUAUUGAAGUAAAAAACCUACUGCUGGAAUUUAAUAAGAAUCGACAGAUUCAGUAUCGUAUUAGACAAGUGAAUGAAAGUGCACUAAGACAGAACAGCGCAACUUCUGCCGGGAAUAGUAUACCCUCGUUGGGCCACUAUCGAAAACCAUCUGGAGGAUCUAUAGAUAAGCUGAAUCCCAAGGAUAUAGACUCUAUCAUUGCCGAAAUUACAGUCAUGCAUUCGAGAAUAGAAUUAUUUUUUCGAUUUAUGCGACGUCGAUUGCAGACGAAUGCUGAGGCAUAUUUCCAGGACAAGGAACUCCAAAAAAGUAUCUUAGAUAAAUAUGAGCAAGUUGUAAAGGAUUGCGAUUUAAGUCGACAAAUGCAAGAAAUUUUAGGCACGUAUUUACUUUUUGAGAGAUAUUUUAUGGAGGAAAGUGUUUUAAAAGCCAUUGGUCUUGAUACCUAUGAAGCGGGACAACAGUGUUCGUCUAUAGUUGAUGAUGUUUUCUUUAUAUUACGUAAAUCAAUUCGACGUUCUCUAACAACGCAAUCAAUUAAUGGAACUUGUGCUGUCAUUAAUAAUGUGGCCUCAUGCUUGGAUGGAGAUUUUGUGAGUGCACUGAAGGCACCAUUAAAAAGCGGAUAUCCGUCGGGAUACAUUGAUUUAGCUCAAGCCUAUAAUGCUAUACAGACCAGCUUGCAGCAGGGAAAACUACACUCAAGUGAUGCAGAUCGCAAUCGUACAAACUUUAUUGUGCAGUUGAAUAACGCUGAUAUGUCCACUGAAUACAUCGAGACCCUCUGGCAGACCAUGGAACAAGAAAUAUCAGGUACAUUCCCAGGUAUUAGUGCUGUCGAGCGUCAACUUUUAGAAAGCUGUUUGACAGAGCUUAAAAAUGUUCGCGAUGCAUUGAAGGCUACUGUUGACUUUGGCAUACAGCAAUUAAGAUCGAGUGCAAUUCGGCCACGCCUAAAUCCUUGGGUGGACGAGUUUUUGAAUUACAGCCAUCAUUUAACAGAGGAGGAGCUGGCCACAUACGAAGCUGGAGAAACCUUUGUUCAGUAUUUUAUUGUCCAAUUGGAUGGACUCUUGAAUUCAUUUAAAAACGCUCUCAGUUCUCGUAAUUAUGAUGCACUUGUAAGCAUAUUGGCUACAGAAGUUACCAAUCGUUUGGAACGAGCUAUAAAAAAGAGCUCAUUUAAUCGGCUUGGUGGUCUUGUCCUGGACCAAGUAGUGCGCGCCUUGGGCGCGUAUUUAACAGGAGCAACAUCAUGGUCGGUGCGUGACAAGAUGACACGCCUUUCACAAAUAGCCACGCUCUUAAAUUUAGAUAAAGUCUCUGAACUGUCCGAGUAUUGGAAUCCUGAAAAUAACGAAAUGCCUUCUUGGCGAUUGACUCCUAACGAAGUGCGAACAAUUCUGGUAUUAAGAAGUGAUUUCCGUAUGGAGGACAUAAAACGCUUGCAGCUUUGAGUAAAAUUAUGCUGCGGAUUUAAUAGUUUUGUCAGCACUAAACCAAUGAUUGUAAUCCAAUCUUAAUAAAAACUGCGAUAACGGGCCAAAACUUGACGCACUUUUAAUACUGGCCAGUAAAUUUAUUAAUCCCAAUAUUGAUACGUGAAAUCUAAAAAUAUAUUUUAAAUGGCAGUGAAAAUAUGUAUAGCUGAUAUUUAUUUAUUACUUACUUUUCUUCAAGUGUAACAACUUGUUUUAAUGUAUCCUCCUCUAUUGAAUCUAAAAGACUAAAUUUUUCGCAUAUACUAAAUAUUUCAAGAAUUGUUCCGUAUACAGGGUUUUGAGAUUGCAUCGUUGUUUGAUUAUUUUUCUUUUUGUCGAUUAAAUCAUUCAGUAAAAAGCAUUGUGAGAGAACAUUAGCCAAAAAUAUUGAGUGCGCUCGUCGAAUCUCUUCGAAAUCGGCUUUAUUUUUAAUUACGUUAAUGAGUAUACUGAAUUGACCUAAAAUGUGAUAAAAAAUUAUAAAUGAUAAAUAAAUAUAUAACAUCGGUUGACUUACUUUCAAGAACAUCUACUUGUAUAUAAUACUGUAGGUUAUCCAAAAAGAAUGUUAAAUGAUUUCGGAAAUUCAUUAUUUUGACGUCGACUCGGGCUCCCGUCUUGGCAACCCAUUUGUGACGAGCCCAAACGAGCUGAAGAUCAUAUUGAAGCUUGCGAAUAAUUAACAGAUGACGAAACACAUUGUUAUAUCGCUCCAUCGUAGUUGGAGAAAACAAUAGAUUCAAUGGCCAUUUAUAAUUGUAUUUCAGAUUGAGAUUUUGCCAUAUACCAAAUUCGCAGCUG